AUGGUCGUUUUAGCAGCAUCUAUCAUCACAAGAAGUGGUAAAGCUAUCUUGUCAAGACAAUUCAGAGAAUUGACCAAGAAUAGAGUCACUGAAUUAUUAUCAAAUUUCCCAGCUUUAUUGUCAGAUAAUACUACCCAACAUACAACUGUUGAAGAUGAACAUGUUAGAUAUGUUUAUCAGCCAUUAGAUGAAUUAUAUAUCAUUUUAAUCACAAAUCUUCAAUCCAAUAUAUUACAAGAUAUUGAUACAUUGCAUUUGUUUGCUGAAACUGUUAAUUCAUUAUUAAGAACUGUUAAUGAACAAGAAAUUUUUGAAAAUGCUUUUGAAAUUUUAAGUGCAUUUGAUGAAAUCAUUACAUUAGGUUAUAAAGAAAACUUGUCAUUAUUACAAAUCAAAACCUUUUUGGAAAUGGAUUCACACGAAGAAAAGAUUCAAGAAAUUAUUGAGCGUAACAAGGAAUUGGAAGCAACAGAAGAUAGAAAACGUCGUGCUAAAGAAAUCCAACGUAAAGAAAUGGCACGUCGUAAUGUUGAAAGUAUCAGUGGUGGGGGGUUCCGUAAUGAACCUGAUUUUGCUUCACCAUCACCAUCAUCAUAUCAAACACCUACACAAUCAACAUUUGUUCCAGCUCCAGUUGAACCAAGUUUUGCCAAAGGUAGAAGUGCACCAAAAGGUCGUGGAUUACAAUUGGGUAAAUCACGUAAAUCAACAACUUCAACACCACAAGAUCAAAGUGCUGAACCAUUGAUUGCUACGCCUGAACCAAGAUUUUCCUCAUCUCAACAACCUUCUUAUCAUGAUACUCCACAACAAGUUUCUAGUCCAGCUCCUCAAGAUGAUAGACCGGUUAAUAAUGGUAUUUUGGUCACUUUAGAAGAGAAAAUCACUGCUGAGAUAACACGUGAAGGUUCCAUUGCAUCAUCUGAAUUGAAAGGUGUUUUACAAUUACGUAUCAAUGAUACAGAAUUGGCAUUAUCCAAGAUUUUAUUAGAAGCUCAAGGUGCUUCAGAAGGUAUUCAAUAUAAAACCCAUCCAAAUGUUGAUAGAGCAUUAUUUACAAAUGAAUCAAUUAUAGGGUUGAAGAAUCCUUCAAAACCAUUCCCAUCAAAUGAUCAAAACUUGGGUGUUUUAAGAUGGAGAGGUGUUGGUAAGGCAGAUGAUGAUAAAUUUAUUCCAAUUCAAUUCUCAACUUGGUUAAGUUCAAAUGGUGAUUCAGUUGAUGUUACUUUAGAAUUUGAAGUUACAGAGAGCUAUAAUGAAGCAAUUUCCAAGAUUACAAUUUUAGUUCCUGUUGCUACAGAAAAUGUUGAAUUAAAAUCUGAUAAUGCUCAAAUAACUCAAAUCACUGAAGAGGGUGUUUUCUUUGAAAUUGAAAGUUUAUCACCUGGUGAAAAUGGUGUUUUGGAAUUCUCAAUUGAAGCUAAUGAAGAUAGUUUAUUCCCAAUUGAAGUUAGUUUCACUAAUGAAAACCCAGUCAAUACAUUGGGUAAAGUUAAGGUUCUUGAUGUUGUUAAAGUUGAAGGUGAUAAAUCAUUACCAUUUGAUCAAUUGUCUGAGUUAUCAACUGAAGGUUAUUUCAUUGUUUGA